AUGAACUUAAUAGACAUAGUGAAUAAUCCGGAAAUCGCGGGAUCUGUGGAGAAAAAGUUAAAAAAAGGUGGUGACAGUGCAAAAAUACCAACCGGUAGAAUUGAAAGGAAGAUAACGAAGAUGGGGAAGCGCACAGAAAGUGCACCUAAAAAGUCGCGCCAGGAGCUGAUGGAGGAAAACGACGACCUCCGCGAGAAGGUGGAGGAGCUACAGGAGAAACUGGAAAGAAUACUGGAGAAGAUGGAGACAACGAACCAACAAAAGGAGAUAACCGGAAAGAGAGAAAAAAAGGUCAGUGAUAACAUAAGUAAUAGCGACAAUAUGCUGGCCAAUGCCGAGGCAUACAAUAUACGCGAAUGCAUGGAUACAGAGGCUCCGUCUGAUGCGGAGAACGCUAACGGUGACGAAUUAUCAGACUUUGUGGAAGUCGUGAGACGUAAAAACCGACAAAAACGUAAUAAACCGGAAAUAAGGCAUAUCGAGAUGGAGGGUAGUUCACAGCAACAUAAAACAAGCGUAGUUAAUACACCUCCGGCAAUUAUAGUUAAAGAAGAUCCAAAAACACUGACGGAAAUUCUAAAAUCGGGCAUAGAGCCCAGCGUAGCUAAGAACUCGUUCCGCACUCCCAAACCCACUGCGGCAAGGUUGGGUUUUUCCAAGUCGGUGCCCUUGGAAGCGGCGUAG